UCCGCAUGCGCAUUUGUAGUCAUUUCCCGGUUCGCCAUCUUGUCUCCAGGUGUACCGUUUGAGCGAAUUCAAAGGCGUCUGUAUUCGUUGUAAUGGAUAUUUAUUCGUUUCUCUGACCUCUGAAGAAUAUACUGAACUGUGUAGCUUGCUCUGAUGCGAUUCUAGUGUGGUUGUUUUCCUUAAAAUUGGACAGACUGUGUCACGUGUUUUAAUCAACCAGGGACACCCUUAAACAUCCUGGAACUUUAAUGCGAAGAAGGGGAAGUCCUCCCCCAUGGGGAUCAAACCACAGGUCAUAUCCUCCCUCACCACCACCACCACCACCACCACCACCACCACCACCGGAGUAUCAUGACAGGUUUGAUCACCCUCUACCUCCCCCCUCAGGAAGGGUGCAACCUAGAUUCUGGGAUGAUCCACGCUCAUCAGGACCUCCUCCUUGGAUGAGAGACAGGUUUGAUGGUCCACCCAGACGUCCACCAUGGGAAGAUAAUUACUCUUCUCCACACUGCUGCCCACCACCUUUUAGAAGUGAUGGACUUCCACUGCCUCGAGGCCCACCCCCACCUUCUUUUAUGGCUGAUGGUCCAUCCAGACCUCCUCCAUGGAAAAGUGACUCACCCCCACAUUGUCCACCCUCUCCUCCAUUUAAUGAGGAUGAUCCUCUGAGACCCCCACCAUGGAAAACUGACUCUCCACCUCAUCCUGCUCCACCAUCUUCAUUUUCUGAUGAUGACUUUGACAUUCCUCCCCCUCCCCCUCCCCUUCCUCCUCCUCCCUAUCUUCAAAAUGGACCACCUAGAGGGAGAGGGAAAGACGGACAUAGACGGGGUGGCAUUCAUGGCAGAGGAUCACUCAGUGGAAGGGGUGAGGCUCCUAAAAGAGGAGGAAUGAUUUCAAGAGGUGCAAAUCAAGUAAGGGGUGCCAUGAUGAGGGGUGUAAAUAAUGGAAGGGGUGCUCCUCCAGCCAGGGCUGCACCAAGAGGUUGGGGUGCAUCUGCUAGGGGUAUGCCCACCACAAGAGGACAGACUAGGGGCAGACCUAAUGGAUCUAGAGGAGUAGCAAGGGGUAGUUUUAUAUACAGAGGAGGAACAUUUGUCUCCAAUUCUGACAGUAAAGAACGAAACGAUAUGUCAGGGUUGUCAGAUGAUAAUGGCAAAGGGUUGGCCAAAUGGCUGAGUGCUAUAAGGAAUGGGAAGGUAGAUACAGAUGGCCAAACCUCGACAGCAGCUGUUGGAAACAAUAAUAUUAAUGCAGCAACGCCACAGAAACAAAACUUUCAAUCAACAAAUACAGAUGCAAAGACUGGAAAAGGGAACCAUUUUAAGACACAACCUAGUGUUGUCAAAGCUGCCAUUCCUGGGAAUCCUAACUUCAUUUCAUUCAAGAACAGUCUGCAAGAAUGCUGUCAAAAGCAGCAGUUACCAGUCCCUUCUUACACAACUUGGAAAAAUAGCUUUGGUUACUCAGGAAAAGUGGAGGUUGCAAAUAAUACUUUCAAAAGUAAUGGAGUUCAAGGAGAGCGUAAGGAGGCUGAACAAGGGGCUGCAUAUGCUGCUUUAAUAGCUCUUGGCCUAAUUGAUGCCUCAGUCAAGUUUGAUGUUAAAACUGCUGCAGUUGUCAAGCGGCCUGCUAUAGACAACAGCAAUGUGCUUGAUUCAGCCGGCAAGAGAAUAAAACUUGAGACGACUUCCACUUUGACUACUUCUUACAAGAGCAGACUGAAUGAAUUUUGCCAAAAGUUUCGUCUUUCAAUUCCAUCUUAUGACACUGAAAAAGUUGAAAACGGAAAGGGCUUCCUUACCACUGUGGUAUUCAACAAAAAGGUUUAUCAGAGCGACGGACCACAACCCACUAAAAAACAAUCCGAACAGAAUGCUGCACAAGUUGUUUUACACAUGCUGAACCAAUGUCCUCCUCCGGCACCCAGCUAUCAGGACUAUAUGGAACAAUGCAGGAAACUCAGCACAGGUCAAGAUCAACCAUCAGAAUCCACUGCUACAGAGGCAUCCACCACUGCAGUCACUACCACAAUAAACGCAGCAGUAGUGCAACCGAUCUCCACCUCUACAGCCCUAAACCCUUCCGAACCCACAGACCAGAACAAUUCCGCCUCUACAGCCUCGGAGAUUCUGAACGCAGACUCAGUCAAACCAACCACCAGUUUCACGUCGCACAAAAACAAACUGCAAGAAUACUGCCAGAAGUCCAAGAUAGAACUACCUGUUUACUUCUGUCACAGAGAAAAUGGCGUCUUUACUUGUACAGUUCAUGUUGCAGGGCGGUCAUAUUCCAGUAACGGCUGUAAUACUAAGAAAGGCUCAGAACAGACUGCGGCCAACGUAGCGCUGAAAGCUUUGGGACUUGUUUAACGCGGUUGGCACCGAGUUUUGAUGUGUUUUUAUUGUGGUCGUAGUCGAAGUUUGGGCACAGGAAGGCACAAGGUAUGAAAAAUAACUUAAGACCAUGAUGGAGAUUCUUUGAUAUUCAUUACCUUGGUGUUAAUGGGUCGUAAGAGGCGUUGGUCAGUUUUGACUUCCAAGAAGUGAAUGUCUAUGAAGUCACUCGCGCUUUGUUCGGGCGUCAUGUUGGACAUAGCAGUUGCCAACUUCAGAAGUCUUCCAAGGACUUCUGGCACAACGCCCGGAGUGUAUCAGGUUCGCUUGUGUUUACAGUCGGUCACCAACCUGGCGCCCGAAUGAGAUGUCAUAGCAUCAGGGAUUACCUUGUCGUUUUGCGCUACUCUGAAGCUAAAUGACUACGUUUCUUGUAGAAUUUUGUUUGGAUUUUUUAAGCGUAGCAUUAGACAGAAGCACUUGUCAUUUAACAUUUGCGGGACUAUGAUCGCACUAAGUAGCAUUUUUAUGAGAAAUUCCGUGAACUAAUGUAACUUAGGCUGCCACUGUUACAUCGGUCGUGUCAUGCAUGACAAGAAACUGACAUACAAAAACUUUUGCAUUGGUUGUAGUUUUAUUAUUGUUUCACUGUGUCUAUGAUAUUGUGACACCUCGAACGGUCAACUGUAAGGUAGUGCACAGAUUGUUGUCUUACGCCAUGUUGUUUUGGUCGUGGAGAGGACAGUCGUGCUUAACAAUUGAGGGUUUUAAAAUCGUCGACAGUUUGCUUGACUUUCUUAAAAUAUUAUCUUAUCACUAUCGUUUUCAUGGAAGUAAUGUGAGAACCAGGUGUUUUAAUGCUUUUAGAUUGGCUUAAUGUUAAAUGUACUAAUAAGAAAAUCAAAUGAAGUUGUAUUUCUUGUAUUUUUCGAAGAACCGGUGAAAGUUGGGAAACUCUUGUCGUCGAGAGUUGUAACCAUGCUAGUUGUUGUAAAUAAAUCCAGAAGAGUUUG